GCAUUUAAUGACACGAAUAAACUCAAGCAAAUGGAUAAUAGCGUUCAUGCAUAUAAUAAAUAUCACGAAAAAAAAAAAUCUGUUGUGCGCCAUGCUUUUGAAUCAGUAAUAUGGUGGGUGCUUGCACAAAUUGAUAUCAAUUGGAAGACACACCGACUGUGUGAAUUGGUUUGGUUUUGCGUUUUUUUUUCUCAGUCAAACAUUGAGUGUUGCGAAAUCAGCACGCCGCCACACAGAUUAAUUGAGGUUCGUGCGUUACAUAGGCGAAUUUGAAGUCUAGGUCAAAAUGAAAACUCUGCACGAAAUAUUCUGGCUACUGCUUGCCUACGUGCAUUUCCAUCGAAUCCAGUGCAUGAAAUUAAAAUGUGACGAGGUGAAGUUCAAUUUUUGCAAAGUGAAUAUUGAUGGUGGACGUGAUUUGAAUGUGGCCUUAGUUUCAGAGGAAAAUAAUUUUACCAAUUCCUCGGAAGAAGCGUACGAGAUUAAUUUCACAAUUGUUCCGGUUGAUCAGUACGAUGGCAUUAUUGAGCAGCUGAACAUUGCCUAUGAGUAUGAAAAUGAAACAUGGUCCGAUGAUUUGCCAAAGGAAUUUUAUGAAAACCCCGAAAAUGUGCAAAAAAUUCAGCUCGAAUUUCAAAGUCUAACCAAAAUUAAGACUUCAGCUUUUAGUGGCGCACUGAAUUUGGUCGAGAUUGACUUGGAUCACAAUCAAAUUCUGUACAUUAGCGGCGAUGUUUUCAGUGAUCUAAAAAACUUGACCGUUUUAUCUUUGACGAAAAAUAAUCUGACCAUCAUUCGAUCGAACACAUUCCAUGGUGCGAUCAAUUUGCGACGUCUUCAUUUGAAUCAAAAUAAAAUCGAGCAUAUCGAAGACGGCGCGUUGAAUUUACCGAAUUUAGAGAAUAUUCUGUUGCAAAACAAUCGCCUGAAGAGGCUGUCGGGAUCGAUGUUCAUCGGUACACCACGAUUGAAAGAAGCUGUUUUUGAAGAAAACGAACUAACACAAAUAAGUGAAGCUUUUACUCAUCUGCAUGGAUUAGAAGUGUUGAUUUUGGACUACAAUGAAAUUGAAGAUAUUAAUCUGUCGAAAUUCGCACAUCUCUCCAAACUCAAUCAUUUGUCGCUUCGCAAAAGUGGUUUCCAUCUCAAAGACAUCGGUCUACUUGAUGAUAAUGUGAACAAAAUCAAUUCCACCUCUAAAUUGGAAGUCUUGGAUUUAGCUGAAAAUGGUUUGACCGACGGUGAAUCUCUCAUCUCACAGCUGCGCUUGUUUCAACGAGUCGAAAUUGUCAAUUUGGAAUAUAAUGAGCUCGGCUAUUUGGGCCAUGUUUACCAGCUCAAAAAAUGGUAUCCCUAUUUGAAAAUUGUGAACUUGGCCUAUAAUCCAGUGAGCUGUGAAUGGGUGGAAAAUUACGUGGCCUAUUUGAAUCGACGCGAUUUAAAGGUUUAUCCAUGGCUCAAUUCAUCAAACGGAUGCGUCCCAGACGAAGAAGAGCUUUAAUGGCUGCACAAAUAGUUAUUUAUCCAUUAGAAAAUAGUUUUGAAAAGAGGAGAAAACAUUCAGAAAAAGGCAAUAGUCCUUUCGAUAAGACAAAUUCAAAGCAAAGUAUUUCUUUUUAGAUAAAACACUUGCUGGUUAAACUUUUGCGUCAGAGCACAAUAAUCAUAAGUUUUAGUUUUAUGCGUAGUUCAAUGGCGGAAACCCAUUACGGUGUCGCCAAUGAGAUAAUAAUGUAAGAAAUUGACCAUUAAACUGAACAUAAAUCAUUUGACAUUAAAAAUGACAAA